UCAACUUGUAACUUUGGAAAGGAUGUUUUUUGAAAACUAAUAUUAGGAUUCGGCACGUUCAAUUAUGCUCUUUAAAGUUUAGGUGGGUCUUAUUUGUUCGCUGUGUCGUCCCGUGGGAUGGCAGAUUGCUGGGAUAGUACCGACUCCCGAAAGUGGCGACACCAUUUCGAUCGAGCAAGAUGCGUUACAAGUGAAUAACGCGAUCAGCGCAGAGCACAGGAAAGUCGUGAAUGACUUAUUUACGAAUUACCACACAGGGAUGUUACGACAUCUGGAAAAGGCUUGUGCUACUAUGAAUGUCAUACAGAAAAGAGUGAAACGACAAGAGCGAACAAGGGGCGAUGCUACUUCUGAGGAUAAAAGUGAGCUGGAAACAGUGAAAGCGGAGUUUGAGCGGUUAAAAGCGCUAGCCACGGAGCUGAGUAAUUCUCUUGGAGUACCGAUGGUGAAUCUCAGAGAAGAACCCAGUGAUAACGAAGAGGACGAAGCUGCCGCUUUGGAGAUGGACAAAGCCCUGGCCGAGGGUCAUGUUUCAUUGUGGCCAGAUGAUGAGACAAGGAUGUUCUAUGAGAAUCUGAUUGAUAUCCGGAACAUCGUUCCACGGAGUUUGUACAAAGAAUCAGAGGAAAGAACAAUCCAAGAGAGUGAUUUGAAGACGUCCGUAGAUGAAAUAGACGUUGAUGGACUUGAAGGAGAUGGGUUGGAACGGGAAGCUACCGAAGCUGCAGAUGCGGAAGCAGCGAGUUUGUAA